GUACACCAGUGAGAAGGUACCACCUUUCUUUUAUUUUCACUGCCAUGCUCAGCGAAAAAGCAAAGGGAAAACAGCGAGCCGUAGAAUUAGGACCAGCAGCAACACUUCCCGCCGCUGAAGAGGCUCGCGACCUGACCAUACGUUUCACUGAAGGUAUACCUGAUCUUGUUCUGAAAGUCUCUGCAAAGGAUACCAUUCGAGACGUGAAGAAAAAUAUUGCAGACGCUAGACCUCAACUGCAAGACCGCCGAUUGAGGCUCAUCCAUGCUGGACGACUGCUGACGGAUGGCACAUUACUAUAUUCCUGGUUAACGACGCUAGAGGAAAGGCAGAAUCGUGCUAAUUUGGGUGAUACAAAUAAUGCAGGAGGGGCGGCUCCAGCAAACAGUUUUACUACAUGGUUGCAUUGUUCCGUUGGUCCUAUAGUCGAACCUGGAACUGAAACUGAAGAGAAGCUGCAGACAGCACAACUACAACCACUAAGAGGCUUUGACCGCUUGUCAACAGCGGGAUUCUCACAAGAGGAUAUUGCAAACUUUCGGCGUCAAUUUCAUAGCCACUCCUCGUCGAAUUUCCUCGACGUUGACUUUCAAUCCGAAGAGGAGUACGACGAGCAUGCGCGAGCUCUUGAAGAACAGUGGAUCGAUUCAAUGGACAAUGCUGGGACAGCGUCUCUGUCUGAUUCUUCCUCAUCUCAGUCUUUGAUAUUGAAAGGCAUCAUUCUUGGCUUUUUCUUUCCAAUUAUACCCUUUUUCUUUUUACGUGAUGAACCAAAGCCUGCCGUGUUUUGGGAGGACGGAAGUGAACAGGACGCUACGGAAAGUGUCGUAUUUUCACGGAGAAUGCAAAUAGGUAUCAUGGCUGGCUUUGUGGUCAACGUCUUAUUUGGAAUGUGGAGAUACCUUUUGGAUACUAACUAGACAUUGCAUUGUUGUCACGUAUCGAUGCAUAUAUUAUAUUUCAGACUUGGACAACUGUUACCGGUGUCUUCUGCUUUGGAUCGGCAUGAGGUGUGACCUCGUUUGUGUGUUGCUCAUUCAUGACUGCUUCUGGCAUGAGGCAUCGAGCUUUGGGAUUCGAAAUACGUUAGUUGUUGUAGUUGCCAGGCUGUGCUCUUAUUCUGCCUCCACUCGCUCCCACCUUAUUAGGCUUU